AUGAAGUCUCUCGUUCCCCAGUACGACAGUCUGAGUGAUGUGUAUCCCGAUUUAUCAGCACAGGACGACACUGCGCUGUCAGUCCGAAGGCGCUUCCUGAAACUCACAAAUACCUUUCAGCAAGAGUUCGGUCACAAGCCUUCCUUCGUGGCACGGAGUCCGGGAAGAGUCAACAUCAUUGGAGAACAUAUUGACUAUUCGAUGUACAGCGUGUUGCCUGCCGGAAUUGGUUCUGAUGUCCUAAUUGCUGUUCGGGUCUUGCCAAAGGCCCAAGAUUCACUGUUUAGUAUCAAGAUGGCCAAUGGCGACAUGCAGAAAUAUCCUAGGAGGGAAAUCACCAUAGGACAAUCUGGACUGGUCGAGAUUGACAGUGACCAACAUUCCUGGACGAAUUAUAUCUUGGCCGGAUUGAGAGGCUCCCUCCCUUAUCUACGAGGAAGACUGGGCAGUUCUUUCACACCCAACGACAUGGAGAUACUAGUGGACGGGAAUAUUCCUCCCGGUGGCGGCCAGUCAAGCAGUGCCGCCUUCAUCUGCGCGUCAAUCCUUUCUGUCAUGGGAGCCAACAACUAUUCAAUUUCGAGAGAUGACUUGCUGGAGCUAGCCGUUGUUUCUGAGCGUGCCGUUGGUGUUUUCUCUGGAGGCAUGGAUCAAGCGGCGUCGAUCUUCGCUGAGCGAGACUGUCUGAUUCACUGCAAUUUUUUCCCAAAGUUCUCUACUGAGCGCAUCUCUUUUCCAGACUCAGGCUGUGUCUUUCUGAUUGCACAAUCCUUCGUCACAUCAGAAAAGGCUGUUACGGCGCCGGUACACUACAACCUUCGAGUUCUCGAAUGUACAUUGGCUGCGGUGGUGCUUGCCAAGAUCUGCGAUAUCAACUUAGAAAAGGAUGAAAGCCCUCUAGGAUAUUGUCUUCGAAACUUGCAAGAGCAGAUAAUGAAAAAAUCAGGUCAAGCGAGCGACUCGCCUGAGACUCAACUAUCCUCCAUGAUCGACAUCGUCAAUGCGAGACUCACAAUGACCAGUUAUACCAGGGAAGAGAUUGCAUAUUUACUGCAAAUACCUACCGAGGAAUUAGACAGGAGAUACAUUUCUCAGGUCAACGUUCGAGCGGAGUUCUUCAAACUUCGCCAGCGUGCCUUGCAUGUCUUGGAAGAGGCUCGACGCGUUGAUCGAUUUCGCAACACAUUAACCAACUGCGGCGACUUAAACAGGGAAAGAUUGCUGUAUCUUGGCGAAUUGAUGAACCAGACACAGGCUUCUUGCAAGACCCUGUACGAGUGCUCGUGCCCUGAAAUCGACCAGAUCUGCUCCAUCUCCCGGUCCUCCGGAGCGUACGGCGCUCGUUUGACUGGAGCAGGCUGGGGUGGAGGUACUGUACAUAUUGUGCCUCAGGACAAAGUCUCAGCGGUAAUAAAUGCUCUCAGGACGGAGUAUUAUUUGAAGAAGGUCCCAGGGUUAAGUCAAGAAAAGCUACGGACGGCUAUCUCGAUCUUCAAACCUGGUCAAGGCUCAUCACUCAUUGGGAUAUCUGCGCUCGAGAGUUGA